AUGGGGUCUGACUUUCUCCUUUGUGACUCUUGCCUCAACUUCCUAAUAGAAUCCUUCAAUCUGGAGGAUGGGAAUGCAAGCAGCUUAGAGGAAGUCAAGGAAGAAUAUGCCAGAAUGUACUCUGGAAAUGACAGUCUGGUCUCAACUAGUUUUCCUCAGAAUGGCUCCUCCACCUGGUGCCCAAUUGAAUCAGUCAGAAAGGAUACUGAGGAAGAAGAAAAUAAGGAAGAGGAAGAGGAAGACCAAGAAGAGGAGGAAGAAGAGGAAGAAGAGGAAGAGGAGAAAAAAAUUGAUCUCUUACAUUCCUCUGCCGCUAUGUCGCCAGACCUCCUGGAAUUUGAACGGUAUCUCAACUUUUACAAGCAGACGAUGGACCUCCUGACAGGGAACGGCAUCGUCUCCUCGCAGGAGGUGACGCACCCCAUCAUCUCUGCGGCCAUCUCCCACCUGUGGCAGACGCUCUCCGAGGAGAGGAAGGCCAUCCUCCUGCAGACCUGGGCGCAGAAGCACGGUGGCCUCCCGGGCCUCGCGGUGGCCUGCCAGGAGCCCGUGGGUGCCGAGGGCAGUGUGAAGGACAGCGGAGUAGACAGCCAGGGGGCCAGCUGCUCGCUCAUGUCCACCCCGGAGGAGCUCCUUUUUGAAGACGCCUUUGAUGUGGCAAGCUUCCUGGACAAAAGUGAGGCUCCCAGUACCUCCAGCCCUAG